AUGACCGACACCCAGGCAUCAGAUACCAAAAAACAAACGCCCUCGAGGCCGGCUGACUCGCCUCCCCCGCCGCCCGAUGGCGGACUGACCGCGUGGCUACAGGUUAGCUACUAUCAAUCUGAUCUUAUCCCCAGCUAUUCUUCUUCCUCCAUCACAUGGAUCGGCACAGUGCAAGGGUUCCUCCUCUUUCUGGUGGGUGUUAUUGUGGGCCCCAUAUUCGACAAAGGGUACCUCCGAAGCCUAGUCGCCAUCGGGGCUUUCCUGGUUGUGUUUGGUCUGAUGAUGACCUCCUUGUCGACCAAGUACUACCAACUCUUUCUAGCGCAUGGAGUCACCGUGGGUAUUGGUUGCGCCUUUUUAUUCCUGCCCAGCAUUGCCAUUGUGGCCACCUACUUCACCUCCCAUCGUGCAGUCGCAACCGGGAUCACCGCGUCGGGCGGAAGUAUCGGCGCAGUAAUCUAUCCUAUCAUGUUCCAUAAACUGAUUGACCAGGUCGAGUUUGCCUGGACGACGCGCAUCAUCGCCUUCGUGGCCCUGGCCGGUCUGAGCGUAUCGUUACUGGUGUUGAAACGACGACUGCCUCCACCCAAGCAGAGCCGAUCACUCCUCGACCUCGGCGCACUGAAAGAAACACCGUUCCUAGUGUUUGCUUUCGGGCUCUUCUGUUCCUUCGUGGGACUAUACUACCCGUUCUUCUACCUGCAGAGCUACUUCACCUCUUACCUCCACGAUGACAGCAGCCUGGCCUUCUACAUUUUUUCCGUGUUGAACGCCACCUCAGUCCUAGGCCGUAUCACCCCCGGUCUGCUGGCCGAUCGUGUCGGCGGACUUAACAUCCUCGUUCCUAUUAGUCUCCUGGCGACUAUUCUGGCCUUCGUGUGGAUCGGUAUCCGCGACGUGGCUGGAGCCGUUGUCUUCGCCUGUUUCUACGGCUAUGCCUCGGGAGCAAUUGUCUCGUUACCCCCGUCCAUUCUCACGCGCAUGUCCCCCAACAUGACCGUGGUGGGCACGCGGCUAGGUAUGAUCUUCAUGUUUGCCGGGUGCGGAUUCCUGAUCGGCACCCCGAUCGCGUCCACUCUGUUGGAUUUGGCGAAGGCGGAGUUCUGGAAGGCGCAGCUCUUUAGUGCCAUGUUUGUGGCUGCAGGGACAAUCUGCUUUGUGAUUUUGCGGAUGAUGUUGGUGAAAAAGGUGGAUGGUUGGAAGAUUUGA